GGGAGGAUGUGGCCGCCGUGCGGGGCGCUGCGGGCCGUGGCCCGGAGCUGGGCGCGGGUGCAGGCGCAGUCACGAGGGGCCGGGGCUUGCAGCAGGGACGGGGGCGCCUCCUACACGCAGGGCCAGAGCCCCGAGCCCCGCACGCGCGAGUACUUCUACUACGUGGACCACCAGGGGCAGCUCUUCCUGGACGAUUCCAAAAUGAAGAACUUCACCACCUGCUUCAAAGACCCGCAGUUCCUGGUCACCUUCUUCUCCCGCCUGAGACCCAACCGCAGCGGGCGCUACGAGGCCGCCUUCCCCUUCCUGUCGCCCUGCGGCCGAGAGCGCAACUUCCUGCGCUGCGACGACCGGCCCGUGGUCUUCACGCACCUGCUGGCUCCGGGCCGCGGGCCCGCGCGCCUGUCCUACUGCGGCGGGGGCGAGGCGCUGACCGUGCCCUUCGAGCCGGCGCGCCUGCUGCCCCUGGCGGCCAACGGGCGCCUGUACCACCCCGCGCCCGAGCGCGCGGGCGGCGUGGGGCUGGUGCGCUCCGCGCUGGCCCAGGAGCUCAGCGCCGCCUUCGAGACCGCGCCCGGCGCCCCCGCCGUGCCCUCGCACAUCCACUGGCAAGGCCGCCGCCUCGCCCUCACCAUGGACCUGGCCCCGCUGCUGCUCGCCGAGCCGCCCGCCUAGGAGGACCCCCGCGCCCCCGGCGCCUCCGC